AUGACCGCCCAGCAGCGUGCGGAAAUUCAGGAGUGCUUCGAAAUGUUGGACAGCGAUGGCAGCGGCGCACUGGACGUCAAAGAAAUUUUGCACGCGUUUGGGGCCCUGGGCUUUACAAUUUCCAAGGAUGCUAUGUCGGAAUUGAUGUCCGAAGCUGACCCUGAUGGAUCUGGCGAGCUUGAAUUCGACGAG